AUGGUCCUUGAUCUCCGAAAAGUUUUCGAAAGCCCACGAUUCAACCUAGAGCAGAUUAGAAGAUGCUUCAUGGUUGUGCACAACGGCUCAACCAUUUCUGCAACUUUCGACCUUGCAGAAUCAUGUGUCCGGGGCAAGGAAUGGCUUGGAACGCAGCUUGAAGAUGGUGCUAUAUCCAAAUCGAGUCUUAAGGAUGUUGCUAGUACUUUGACGCCUUCGAAAGAGAAGGAUGACAUCUCCGACCAUCCGAACAAUGGUGUCCCUUUCAGCCCUGCAGUAUCUCAACAGCCUGUAUCGACUCGCAACACGACGCCGGAAGCCUUGAUUCCCGAGAUAAAUAUAUACACCCUCAAACUCUCCGAACUAUCCAAAACACCCAGCUUGAGCAAUCCGGGUCAUUUCUGUGUCUUGAAACACCCUUCCACUCGGUACUUAGCAGUUGUCGGCAGAGGCACCCGCUCCAUUCUCUCUGGUAUUUUCAUCAGCAUUUGA